GCUGCAACAACGUUUCAUCCAGGAGGAAGGUCCUCGCUUGUGGUUGUCUUCUGAGGCACUUUUCAAGCACUAAAAGGUUGCGGCUCACCUUUUCUGACUGUUUAGACGAUCAUAUUUAAAGGUGGCCAUGACUCAGGCUGAAAAAGAGCAGGACAACGGGAAGGAGAAGGAAAAGGAGCGAGAAAAGGACAAAGAGAAGGAGCAACAGCGCGGAGUGAAAAGACCCAUCGCUCCUCCGGCCAUCCCAGAGCCCCUUCAGGAGCAAAUACAGAGCAACUUUGUAGUUGUCAUCCAUCCUGGUUCAAGGACACUCCGCAUUGGCCGAGCAACAGACACUCUUCCCGUGACGGUCCCACAUGUGAUAGCACGCAGACACAAACAAAGUGGACAGCCCAGAUAUGAAGAUGCCUGGCUGUUGAGAGAAGGUCUCAAUAAACCAGAGAGUAAAGAGCAGAGGCAGAAUGGGCUUAAAAUGGUCGACCAAGCCAUCUGGUCCAAAAAGAUGUCAAACGGAGUGCGGAGGACUCCCGUGUCUGCAGAGCAGGCCAGAGCAUAUAAUUGUCAGAUCCGUCCAGCAGUACUAGACACCAGCUCCAGGGUGAAGUGGACCAACACAGCCCACCAUCCUCCUCAUCUGGUGGGAGAGGAGGCUCUUUAUGCGAAUCCAUCCGACUGUUACAACAUCCACUGGCCUAUCGUCAGAGGUCAGCUCAAUGUGCACCCUGGUCCUGGAGGCUCACUGACCGCAGUCCUGGCUGACCUGGAGACCAUUUGGAGUCAUGCCAUUCAAAAACAUCUUGAGAUCCCCCUCAAAGAUUUAAAGUAUUACAGAUGCAUCCUAUUGGUCCCUGACAUUUACAACAGGCAGCAUAUCAAGGAAAUUGUCAACAUGUUGCUGCUUAACAUGGGCUUCUCAGCAAUCAUUGUGCACCAGGAGUCCGUGUGUGCUACAUUUGGCAGUGGGUUGAGCAGUGCUUGUGUUGUGGAUGUAGGAGACCAGAAGACAAGUCUCUGCUGCGUAGAGGACGGAGUGUCCCACCGGAACUCUAGGUUGUGUUUGGCAUAUGGUGGCUCAGAUGUGACCCGUACUUUUUUCUGGCUCCUGCAGAGGGCGGGUUUUCCCUACAGAGACUGUCAGCUGUGUAGCAGACUGGACUGUCAGUUACUGCAACACCUAAAAGAGACCUUCUGCCAUCUAGACCAAGACAUGUCAGGACUACAAGAUCAUGAAUUCCAGACACGUUUCCCAGAAGCCCCAGCUCUGCUCUACCAGGUUCGACUUGGGGAUGAGAAAUUACAGGCACCUAUGGGUCUUUUCUACCCAACCACAUUUGGGAUCACAGGUCAGAAGAUGACAUCACUCCAGUACCGUUCCCAAGGUGACUCAGAAGAUCCUCAUGAUGAACAGUACCUGCUGGCCACACAGAGCAAACAGGACCAGUCCUCCAAAUCUGCAGACCGGAAGGCUAUCUCCAGACCAGUUGGAGCUUUGGAUGGUGAGAUGAGCAGUCAGGGAGGGAUUGGAGAGCUCUCUGACCUACCCAGGGGCUGCGGGUUUGGUGGCAGUGGAGGAGGGAUGCAGGGGGAGAUGGAGCUUGGGCCAUCCCAGGGGGAGUGCCUGAUGGGGGUGGGAGAGGUAGACGAGCACCUGUCGGCUCACCUCUCCAGAAAGACUGCAAUCAUGAACCAGUUUGAGAGCAAAGCGCUGGGCCUGGAUAAGGCCAUCCUGCAUAGCAUCGACUGCUGUGCCUCAGACGAAACAAAACGAAAGAUGUACAGCUCCAUCCUGGUGGUGGGAGGGGGCCUCAUGUUUCACGGUGCUCAGGAGUUUCUGCUACACCGCAUUAUCAACAAGAUGCCUCCAUCCUUUAGAAGGCUGGUAGACAAUGUGGAAGUUAUCACACGGCCAAAGGACAUGGACCCUCGCCUGAUAUCAUGGAAGGGGGGAGCAGUGCUGGCGUGUCUGGACACCACCCAGGAGAUGUGGAUUCACCAGAGGGAGUGGCAGCGCUUUGGCGUCCGAAUGCUCCGUGAGAGAGCUGCCUUUGUCUGGUGAAGCCAAACUGAUUUUGCUUGGAAGCUCUUUUUAAAGUGUUUUCAAACACUGUGUUUCGCGUGUAAAAAGGAACAGACAUCAGAUGUAUGUUCUGGAGUUAAUCAUAAACAUGGAAAAGAAAGUAAGAAUUUGCUCCAGAAUGAAACAACCAGAAAGACUUGGCAGCUGAAAAUGAUGAAACUCUUGAGCACAAACCUUAAGUGUUCUGCCAGCAGCAAAAGUUAAACAAAAUCUGCAAAAUGGGAAGGCAUAUUGAUCAGUUAUAGCAUUGCUAACACCAAAUCUUUGCUUUUAGCUGAGUGUUCUGUGUUAGCAUCUCCUUGCAUCAAACCCUCCCUAGGUGGUGAUUGUUGUAACUUCUUAACAGACUUUAAGAGGAGAGGGGGUUAAUGUUAAUGUUCUGUAAAUAUUAGUUAUUCUCCCAUGUUUAUGAAUGUUUAGAGUUGUGUAAAUAAACCUGUCACGUGCA